UCUCAGAAGAAGCCUGACUCCUCCUGCUCAGGGCACGGGUGUCUGGAGUGUGGGGUACUGAGUCACGGAAGACCUGACUGCAGGCCCCACCCCCUCCCUGUGACUGACAGCCCGGGGUGGCGGGACUGAGCCACUCACUUGGGAGACUGGUCCAACAGCAUUCUGCCUCACAGGAUAAAACCCGGGGUGGCCUGCAGGGAAUCCAAGCUCUCCUGUCGGCAGUGGCCAUGGUGGUUCCCGAGACUCUCCCUGCCCUGGGGAGGUACUACCUCAGCAUUGUAACCUCCCUGCUGCUUCUGGCUGCUCCAGCCACCCUAGCUGCUGCCAAGACAGCUGGUCCCCCAUCCUGUGGAAAGCCCCAACGCCUGAACCGAAUCGUGGGUGGUGAGGACAGCACCGAUGCUGAGUGGCCCUGGCUUGUGAGCAUCCAGAAGAAUGGCACCCACCACUGUGCAGGCUCCCUGCUCACCAACCGCUGGGUGGUCACGGCCGCCCACUGCUUCAAGGGCCAUCCGAACAAACCAGCCCUGUUCUCUGUGCUGCUGGGGGCCUGGCAGCUGGGGAACCCCGGCCCGAGGUCCCAGGAGGUGGGUAUUGCCUGGGUGAAGCUCCACCCUGCGUACUCCUGGAAGAAAGGCGCCCGUGCUGACAUCGCCUUGGUGCACCUGGAGCACGCCAUCCAGUUCUCUGAACGCAUCCUGCCCAUCUGCCUGCCUGAUUCCUCCGUCCAUCUCCUUCCGGACACCAACUGCUGGGUUGCUGGCUGGGGGAGCAUCCACGAUGGAGUGCCCCUGCCCGACCCUCGGACCCUCCAGAAGCUAAAGGUUCCCAUCAUCGACUCAGCAGUCUGCAGCCGCCUGUACUGGCGGGGAGCCGGGCAGGGCGCCAUUACGGAGGACAUGCUAUGCGCCGGCUACCUGGAGGGGGAGCGGGACGCCUGUCUGGGCGACUCCGGAGGCCCCCUGAUGUGCCAGGUCGAGCGCACCUGGCUGCUGGCGGGCGUCAUCAGCUGGGGCGAGGGCUGUGCGGAGCGCAACCGGCCUGGCGUCUACAUCAGCCUAGCCGCCCACCGCUCCUGGGUACAGAAGAUCGUGCAAGGGGUGCAGCUCCGCGGGCACUCGCAGGGUAGCGGGCCCACAGGACGCCGGGGACGGGCUCUGGGGGCGCGGCGAGCUCGCAGGGCCGCCCGGGGCCGCGGGGUUUAGGGAUCUGGGGAGACCACGUGCUGUUUCCUCCGUUGUAAAUAAGCGGUCUACCUCUGGGAGCGCCCGAGUGCCGGCGCCGGAUCUCCUCCGCGGGGAGGCCCCGCCCCGCCCCUGGGCUCAGGCCCCACCCCCGAGGCCCGGAGCGCCUUUGUGUACAUACAUGUUAAUGAUUUUUACAGUUAUUUGUAACUCCUCCCACACAUCUUAUUUAUUCCUCCAAUUUCAAUAAAUUA